UUGUCACAGCUCCGCCCAGUCGGACAGACCCGCUGCUGGGAAAGGUUCUUCCCCACCCGUUCCCGUUUCCGGGGCUAGGCUGGCAGACAUGGACCAUCUAAAAGCCAGGGCCCUCCGGGCCAGGCACUGCUGCCCCUCCUUAGAAGCUGGGGCCUGGGAGGUUGGCAGCGGAAGGUUCUCUGUCCCACCCUUCAUCAGCAGGAGCCUGGCCAUGGGGAACGAGUCACCAGGGAGCGGCCCCCACCCGGGCAGCAGCAGUGGCAGUGAGAGCUCCGAGGACAGUUCACGAUGCUCCUCACCCGGCCUGGACCCAGAGCGGCUCCGCAGGCUCCGGGAGAAGAUGAGGCGGAGGAUGGAGUCUGGAGACAAGUGGUUCUCCCUGGAGUUCUUCCCUCCCCGGACUGCUGAGGGCGCCGUCAAUCUCAUCUCCAGGUUUGACCAGAUGGGGGCCGGCGGCCCCCUCUUCAUCGAUGUGACCUGGCACCCCGCCGGGGACCCGGGCUCUGACAAGGAGACUUCCUCCAUGAUGAUCGCCAGCACCGCGGUGAACUACUGCGGCCUGGAGACCAUCUUGCACAUGACCUGCUGCCGCCAGAGCCGGGAGGACAUCACCAGGCAUCUGCACAAGGCCAAGCGGCUCGGCCUGAAGAACAUCCUGGCCUUGAGGGGAGACCCGGUGGGCGAGCAGUGGGAAGAGGAGGAAGGCGGCUUCAGCUACGCUGCAGACCUGGUGAAGCACAUCCGCAGCGAGUUUGGAGACUACUUUGACAUCUGCGUGGCAGGCUACCCCAAAGGUCACCCGGAAGCAGGGAGCGCUGAGGCCGACCUGACCUUCUUGAAGGAGAAGGUGUCUGCAGGAGCCGACUUCAUCAUCACGCAGCUGUUCUUCGAGGCGGACACUUUCCUCCACUUUGUGAAGGCUUGCACGGAGAUGGGCAUCACCUGCCCUAUCCUCCCCGGGAUCUUUCCUAUCCAGGGCUAUCACUCGCUCCGGCAGCUGGUGAAGCUGUCCAAGCUGGAGGUGCCACAGAAGAUCAGGGACGUGAUUGAGCCCAUCAAGGACAACGACGCUGCCAUCCGCAACUACGGCAUUGAGCUGGCUGUGAACCUGUGCCAAGAGCUCCUGGCCAGCGGCUUGGCACCGGGCCUCCACUUCUAUACCCUCAACCGCGAGGUGGCCACCAUCAAGGUGCUGAAGCGCCUGGGCAUGUGGACUGAGGACCCCAGGCGUACCCUGCCUUGGGCGGUCAGCGCCCACCCCAAGCGCCGGGAGGAAGACGUGCGCCCCAUCUUCUGGGCCUCCAGACCAAAGAGCUACAUCUACCGCACCCAGGAGUGGGACGAGUUCCCCAACGGCCGCUGGGGCAACUCCUCCUCGCCUGCCUUUGGGGAGCUGAGAGACUACUACCUCUUCUACCUGAAAAGCAAGUCCCCGAGGGAAGAGCUGCUCAGGAUGUGGGGGGCGGAGCUGAGCAGCGAAGAGAGUGUCUUUGAAGUCUUCGCCCACUACCUCUCCGGGGAGCCCAACCGGAAUGGCUGCAAGGUGACUUGUCUGCCCUGGAACGACGAGCCCUUGGCCGCCGAGACCAGCCUGAUGAAGGAGGAGCUGCUGCGGGUGAACCGCCAGGGCAUCCUCACCAUCAACUCCCAGCCCAACGUCAACGGGAAGCCGUCCUCCGACCCCAUCGUGGGCUGGGGCCCCAGCGGGGGCUACGUCUUCCAGAAGGCCUAUUUGGAGUUCUUCACAUCCCGAGCCACCGUGGCCGCGCUGCUGCAGGUGCUGAAGCGGUACGAGCUCCGAGUCAACUACCACAUCGUCGACGUGAAGGGUGAGAACAUCACCAACGCCCCUGAGCUGCAGCCCAACGCAGUCACAUGGGGCAUCUUCCCCGGGCGGGAGAUCAUCCAGCCCACGGUGGUGGACCCCGUCAGCUUCAUGUUCUGGAAGGACGAGGCCUUUGCCCUGUGGAUGGAGCAGUGGGGCAAGCUGUACGAGGAGGGGUCCCCGUCCCGCACGGUCAUCCAGCACAUCCAUGACAACUACUUCCUGGUCAACCUGGUGGACAACGAGUUUCCGCUGGACAACUGCCUGUGGCAGGUGGUGGAGGACACAUUUGAGCUGCUGACGGGCCCCCUCCAGAAUGAGACCUCGCCAGGUGGCCCUGACCCUUGCCAUCUAGAGUCCCGCCGCCCUCCUCUCGGCUCUGAGUCUCCUGGAGUCCUCUCCUCCCUUCAUCCUCUCCAAGCCCCGGCCUCCACCCGACACGAUGGUGGCAGCUAGACUGGCUGCCAGGCUCCCAGCCUCUGGCUGCACCGAGUCGGCCCAGUGUGGGACCUGGCACUCCAGGUGGGGCCCACCGUUCUCUUUGGCCCUCAGAGCCAGGCAAGCACUCCAGAUGGACCAGCACUCCAGGCCCGUGCAGGACGGGUGGCUAUAGUCAUGGGCUCCUGUCUGCAGAAGAGCCAGGACUCUAGGACACGGCAGCUGGGCCCUGCCCACUGUUAACUAAAGGUCCAAACACUGCCUGCCUUCCUCCUUGCUGGCCAAGGGGCCGGGCCCUUGGACAGGCCUGAGGCUGACACCUGACAGGCAACAUCCUCCAGCGUGCUCCUAUCGAGAGCCGUGCUGAUUUUUCUACUUGUGUACAGUGCUGCUUUUGCAAACCCUUGUCAUUUAUUUGGUGGCUCAAGUGUCUCUGGGGAUAAAGGAGUCAUCACCCUG